UCCAGCCACGGCUACGCUGCACCCCUCCACGAAUACGAGGAGUGUGGAAGUGUGGUGUCACUCAGGGCACAACAGAGUCACUUUUAAUAAGAAAGACUGGAGAAGUGAGCGGAUACUACAGUGAAAGGGACCUCCUGAGUCACUGAGUCCUGCUGUAAAAGCUGUAAAAGUGCCUCCGGACUGACUAACCGGGCUCUCAGGUUGAGUUCAGAGCCCUCCUGAAGGAGCCUCACUCCGAGGAGUCUGGAUUAAAACCGUUGCUUUGAAGCGAGGACGUGAGGCAGUCUGGACUCCUAGUCUGGUUCGGCUAACAAACUGUGCAAGAAAAGAGCAGGUGAUCGUGGCGCCUGGAAGUAAGAAUCUAAGGCUGCUAUUUGCAGCUUUCCAGCAUUUUCUGCUUUUACUCAGCUGGAAAUUGGAUUUGGAAUGAAUCAAGCAGACUGGCUAAUGGCACAUAUUCUCUGGUUACCCCUCGUAGUGUAGAAAGCCUUCCCCUCCAUCUUCCCCUGUCUUUGUUUUUCUGAAUGACAUCAUGGCCCUUUGUAGGCCAAGCGUAACAUCAGGGGAUGUCAGUUCCGGAGGGCCGAAGUUUGAGGGGCGCUGCGCAUUUUUAGCGAGUCUGGCUGAGAUGGAGGCAAGCCAGAUUUUCCAUAUCUGAUUUCGCCUCACAGAAUCACUGGGUAGAACCUUGGCCCACCAUGCGGGGGAGGCCUGAGCAGGCCCAGCACCAGCAGCUAGGAUGCCGAUCACCCAAGAGAACGCACUGAGCCACUUGCCCUUGCUGGAGAGCUGGCUAAGUGCUCACGCCGGGGACCAGGACCAGGACCAGGAGGAUGAGUUCAGUAAGAACACAGGCGGCAUCGCCCUGUGCCAGGCUGCUAUCCGCAAGCUGGUGGAGUACAUCCAGUUGAACUUUACUGAGUGCGAGAGCCUUCCUUGUAACGGCACUCCGCUUAAGGAGGAAGUAGACGCGGAGGUGAGGGCAGUCUGUCUGAGCAAGGCCAAUGGAGAUGGGUCAGAGUUCGGCCUCAGCUUUGGCAACAUCCCCAUUUUUGGGGAUCCUGAGGGGAAGAAGAAAGGACGGCGGAGGCGCAGGAAAGGUGAUAAGGGCCCUGUGCUGGAUGUAGGGUGCAUCUGGGUUACGGAGGUGAAGAAGAAAAGCCCAGCAGCACGCUGUGGAGACAUCAAGCUGCGGGACGAGCUGUUGUCGCUCAACGGGCAGCUGAUGGUAGGCGUGGACGUCACUGGAGCCAGUUAUCUGGCGGACCAGUGCUGGAAUGGCGGCUGCAUCUACCUGAUCAUGUUGCGUAGGAUCAAGCGCAAGGCCCCUCUCCCUCCGUGCAAUGGCAGCGGCAGCAACUGCGCAGAGACACCAAUCGAACACUGCGGCAGCGUCUCCUCAGAGCCUGCAAGCAGCCCCACUCAGAAUGGCAAGCGAACCCGCAAAUUUGGCGUCAUUUCCCGUUCCUCCUUCACUAGAGACAGCAAGGAUAGCAAGGACAGUCGGGAUUUUGAGCAUGAGAAUGGCUAUAGUUCCAUGGAGACAGAGGUCACGACCCCAGAGACCAGCACCCCGUUGGAUACGCCGACUGAGGAGAGGCCAGUCUUGGGUCCCUCAAUGACGAUACCCAAUCACAUGAAGGUUGGGAGCACAGCUACUUUGCCCAGCCGCUCCUACUCACGUCUGUCGGAGAACUACAAGACUGAGUCCAUAAGCAGUGAACCUUCUAGCCAGCCUAGAGAGGGAAGUCGUAUCUGGAAGAUGCACAUGGUGAAGGGGCAGGACGGCCUGGGCAUUCAGAUUACGGGCGGCCGUGGCUCUAAGCGCUCUCCACACGGAAUCGUGGUGGCCCACGUGGAAGAAGGAGGAGCCGCUCAGAGGGAUGGACGAUUGAAAGCAGGCGACGAGCUGCUGAUGAUCAACGGUCACUCCCUGGUGGGCCUCUCCCAUCAGGAGGCUGUGGCUGUCCUACGGUCUACUGCGGGCCUGGUGCAGCUGGUGGUGGCUAGCAGGGACGAGUCUGAAGUGGACUUCCACAAGUACCCGUCCACCAGCCUGCCGGACCUGGUGAGCACGUGCUCGGGACAGGACGCCCUGCCCUCCCCUGGGGAGGAGAAGGAGAACAUGGAGCCGGAUGUGGAGGACGUGAGGGCCAGCUGCCUCUCCCUGCCCACACAGGACUCGUUCACAGAGCUGGAUAAGCUGGAUGAGCGUGGCCGAAUGGAAGGACCCAAAGGAUGCUGCCGCAGCCCCACGCCUAUGAAGUUCCGCAGCAGAUCCCAAGGUGGUGGCUCGCGUCUAGAGUCUGUUGGGGAAGACGAUGAGCUGAUAGUUGAAAACGGUGAAUCAGGAAGUGACGUAGCAGAGAAGCCAUCACGUGGCGGACGUAAACACUCUCUCCCACAGCAGCUGGACACCGUGGGAAUCCGACAGGAAUAUCAAAUCGUGAAGAAAUCAGCACGUUCCCUAAGUACUGUUCAAGUGGAGUCUCCAUGGCGACUGGCACAACCGUCCAUUAUCUCCAACAUUGUCCUGAUGAAAGGACAGGGCAAGGGUCUGGGUUUCAGCAUUGUUGGAGGCCAAGAUUCUGCUCGAGGGAGGAUGGGGAUAUUUGUCAAGACUAUUUUCCCCAAUGGAGCAGCAGCAGCAGAUGGAAGACUCAAAGAGGGGGAUGAGAUUCUAGAAGUGAAUGGAGAAUCUCUUCAAGGCCUCACGCAUCAGCAGGCCAUUCAGACUUUUAAGCAACUGAAAAAAGGUGUGGUUACCUUAACUGUACGCACCCGUCUGCGGAGCCCCAGCUUGACCCCUUGCCCGACGCCCACACUGCUCAGCCGAUCAAGUUCACCCAACUCUAACACCAGUGGUGGGACCCCUGUACCACCUGGGUUUGAUGAUGGAGACUCCCGGAAGGGACCUGGCCCGAAAGAUCGUAUCAUAAUGGAGGUCACACUAAAUAAAGAGCCUGGUGUGGGGCUGGGAAUUGGUGCCUGCUGUUUAACUCUGGAAAACAGCGCUCCUGGAAUCUACAUUCAUAGCCUGGCUCCAGGAUCUGUAGCCAAGAUGGACGGCAGACUCAGCCGAGGGGACCAGGUGUUGGAGGUGGAUUCAGUAAGCUUACGGCAUGCUGCACUAAGCGAGGCCUACGCUAUCCUGAGCGAAUGUGGCCCCGGUCCAGUGAGCCUCAUCAUAAGCAGACAUCCCAACCCUAAGGUGUCGGAGCAGGAGAUGGACGAGGUGAUCACUCGCUCUACACACAGAGACAGUGUAGGCAGGGACAGCCAUUCCUCUCACACACUGGGCCUGCCGUCCAAGAGCCCUUCUCCCACUGUGAAGGCCAGGCAGGGAGACGGCAACCAGGCGCUCAGCUGGACCAUGAAGAGGUUCUUAGAGCCAGCCAGUCGGCAAGGUUCCCUAAGUUCUGAGGCUGAGCUAUCGCAGUACUUCUCCCAUGACGUUCCAAGCCAGUCCUCCCUCUCAGAAACCAUGGCAAUGGGCUCCAGCGACGACGACAUGCUUCACAACAGCAGGAGCUGCAAUACCUCACUGGAUGAGCCAACUGCACCUCAUUCUCGUGCCUAUAAAGAUGCUGAUGGUAAUCCUUCAUAUGGAGACGGUUGUAAAUCUUCUGGCGCUGUUAGCCGAACCACAUCAGACCUGACCCGGCAGGCCAGUGUAGGCAGCAGCCCCAGCUCUGUCCGCAGCCCCCUCCUACGGCAGCGUCGGGUCAUAUGCUAUGAAGAUGAACCCAGUGACGAGGAACUUGGUCCAGAUGAGGAUGCGGGACCCUUCCGGCAGCUGCACCGCGGCAUACCAGAUGGCACCCGCCAUCACCACCACCACCAGGAGGACGACUCAGGCAUAGUCAUGGCCACCUCGUCGACGGAAGUGGAUGAUGAGAGUCAGGACAGCAGUGAGGGUCACAGGCACAGUGAACCAGCCACUCCGCCCUACGGCAGCUCACUGGAGUCAGAGGAAGGUGCGGGCGGUCCAUCUGGUGCUGAGUCACCGUUCAUGCCCAUUCGCUGCUUCGAGCACAGCACUGGAGGAGGUGGAGCCAACCUGGGUGUGAAGAAGGAGCCAUAUCGAGAAGGGCAGGAGUCCAAGCGCUCACCUAAGCUGGAGCACAAAGCCGUGACCCGUGUCAAGAGCAUGAUGAGCAUCGAGUGCCCCAACGUGCCGCAGAAGACCAAAGGUGAGGAGACCACUACAGCAACGGCCUCCCCUGCUCAGGCUGCACAAUGCAGCACACGGACCCCCAGCAGACCCCAGCACCACUGCAGGAGGGGAGAGCCCAGUGAGCUGGCAGGGAUCUGCACUAUUGAGACUGUGGUUCUGAAGCGCAGUGAGACAGAGUCUUUUGGACUGGACCUGGAGAUCAAGUCGUCGCCUCUGAAAGUGCUGAUCACUGGACUGAGGCCUGGAGGCGCUGCUGAGAGGACCUCAUUCAUCAUGGACUCCCACAGGACCACCACAGAGCAGGAAGCCAGAGGGAGAAUGAGUGUGGGAGAUGAAAUCGUAGCCAUUGGUGACACUCCAGUGUGCACCUCGUCUUAUCAGGAGAUCUGUGACCUCAUGCAUAACCUGCCCGUCAUUCUGACGUUAGAGAUUAAGAAGCCUGUCUCAGCUGUAGAUCGACUCUCCAGUUUAAUGAUGUCAUCAGGCUGUGAACAGUCUACUAAGAUGGAGGUAUCUAGAUCUGCCCUGGAGGAGAAAACCAGUAUGGACAAAACAGCAGCUGCAAACGUAGAAAGUUCUUCAGAAACAGAUUCUAAAAAGGUGGAUGCAACCACCGCAAAUGAGGUGCCUGUCACUAAUAUUGAUGACGUUAUAACCGAGCUGAACUCAUUUGAAAAUAAUGUGAACUCAGAAACACAGACUGUUCCAGAAGUCAUUGAGACGACUGCAUGUCCAAUAGAGAGCAGCGACCUAAAGAAUGAGGAGGCUACGACUACCAUUCCACUACGACCAAAACUUUUAGAUUUCUCUGUCUUAGAUUCAGAAAACAAAGGUUGUCUUUUGCCAGUAGGGAAGACAUUUCUGAACAGUUACUCCAGGAACUACAGUCAACUCUCAAAUGAUGACCCGACCCUUUCUGUGAAAGGGUGUGCAGAGAAAGCAAGUAUGUAUGAUAUGUUGGACGAUAGUGACUCUGAAAGUGACUCAGCCACAGAUAGUGCUGUGAAAACUGAAAAGCCAAAAGAUCACUGUCAAGACCCUCAGGACACUGACUCUGAUGAGGAGAUUGAGCUGUGUUAUAGUACGGUUGAGUCAAGUCAAGAAAAAGACAGUCCUGUGUCUCCUAAAGAGGAUAUCUCAUGCAGCCAGACUGAUGAAGUGAUUCCUCAAGACGUUCUGCAAAAAAACUCUUGUCCAUCUUUACAGGACAUGGACUCAAAGCCAGUAAAUGAUUCUGUUUCCCUGACUUUGCUUCAGGGACCACUCUGUCCCCAGUCGUCAGGUUCAGAGUCAGCUCUGAACGAGGAUACUAAGCAAGUUCCUGAAAAGGACGAGGCAAUCUGUGGGACUUUGUCAAGCCCAGAGCCAUCAGACUGUAAAGCUGAUGAGAAAUGUGAAAAGGCGUUGGCACCUGUCACAACCAGCCAGACACCAUCAAGUGUCAACAGUCUCCCUGCAGCAUUAAAUAACCGCCAUGUCACCCCUCGGAGUCAAGAAAGGACAUCUAAGAUGCAGUCAAAUUCAUUACUGACCUCAGAUAAACCCAACCCUGUCCAAAUGCCACUCACUCAAACUGUACCAGAGCCCAAGGCUUCAAAUUAUUCCAAUGGCAAAUCCAGCGGGAGAACAUCCACUACAGUGACUACAAAAGAGAAAGAGAAAACUUUUUCUAGCUCUGACUCCAAAUCUCUUCUUUCCCAGUCUCAGACUAAAUCCACCACUAACUCUCUUCGACCUUUGGGACACAAGUCCUUGAGCGAUAACCCUGUCUCACCUCUAUUAAAUAGCAGGCUCAAACAAGAAGAGAAGAAAUUGAGCACAUCUGCCAAGCUUAAAGGUUUAAGUAUUAAAAGUAAAUGCAAAGGACAGGAGCAGCCAGUCUGUAGGCCAGCCAGGGCUGAAAGUCCUUUGCCAAAAAAAGCCCAUUCCUCCCCCAUUCAGUCCCCCAAACUAGCAGCCAAAAGAAUUACCCCUACAAACAGUCCAAAAAUGACUAGACCCCUGGAGAAGAGUAGUCCUUCAUCCAUUAAAACAAGCCAAGAGAGAAGUGCUUCAAGUGUUCCUGCUUUGAAGACAAAUGACAAUAUCCAUGAAGAACUUGUUUCUGAAAUAGAGAAAGAAAAUUCUUGCUUAAAUCAAAAUGAAAUUGUAUCUAAAUGCCUAAAUGCCACAACUACACAAAGAACCUUCAUUGAGGUGCGGCUCUCGUCAUCUUCCUCCCCGUCCUCUUCUUCGUCCACACCAGUUCUGGAGCGCAAGGAAAUUUCAAACACUAGUCAUUCAAACCAAGCUCAGGGAACCCCUCCAGUUCUCAAAGAUAACAUAUUGUGUGAGGAGUUAACACCAAAACCUUCUUUUGAAGCUCAUAUGUCAUCAGAGUCUUCUGUAUCUAGACCAGAGCAAAACAAUUGCAUUGGAAGUCCAGCUAAAUCUUCUGAUAAAGUAGCUAACAAUAUGAGCAAGGUAGACAAUAGCCUCAGGAACGCAUCCAUUGUAGAAACGUCUUCUAGCCCUAAACCAGGAAGAUCUAAGCUUUACGCUGGACUGGGCCGAAGGAGCUACUCCACAGAUACUAGUGGAGGAGCUCUUGACCCCAAUCCCUUUUCUGUCAGGCAAAGAAUAAAGUCCUUUGAGAACUUGGCCAGCUUUGAUCGUCCAGUUAUAAGGAACAUAGACAUCCAGUCUUAUGGUAUUAGCUAUAAGGCUCCCCUCAACAGGAGAUUGUCUGGUUAUAUGGGCUCUCAGUCUAAUGACAGCCGCUCGUUGAAAAGGAGCCUCAGCUCUUGUGUAGACAAUUUGAAUUUGGGACCUUCUUCGUCUCCACAGCCGCAGAAUCCCUCUACUAAUGGGGUUCUGAACAACUUUGAGCCAACAUCUUCAGCUGUGCCACUUGUAGAAGAGAGGGAAGCUGAAGAUGCUGUGCCUCAAGCCAAUCUAGUCCCACAUACUCCACCAGUGCUGCGCUCCCGGAAUGCCCGCUCCCAUGGCGGGUUAUCACGGUCAAGACUAAGGGAACUAAGGGCACUUAGUAUGCCUGAGCUUGACAAGUUAUGUCCUGAGGACUUCUCACGUGACCCCGGCAAUGUCACAUUUAAGACAGAGCUGGAAAUCCACCCUAUAAAGCCUUCAGAUCCACCAUCGGACCUUCAGUGUACUGUGGUGACCAGGGUGAGCAUGGUGGAACCUGGAACCCCUGGCUCAGUUGGCAAUGGGGACCUCAGUCAAGAGCAAACAACACUGUCAACCUGGUGUGUCAGUCUGCAAGAUUUGUCAUCUUCUCCAUCGGAACAGAAAAGGGUACAGAAUGUCCUAAAUUCUGCAGCGGCUAAAGUGGACAUGAUGGCACUGAUGGAGGAGUUUAACAGUGUUUCAGAGGUUAAAGAGGAUGUGUACUUUGUGGUCCUGGCGAAAGAAGAAGGCUCUGGAUUGGGCUUCAGCAUUGCUGGAGGGGUGGAUUUGGAGCAGAAAUCAAUAACUGUUCAUCGAGUCUUCACUCGAGGGGCCGCUGGAAUGGAAGGCACCAUUCGCCGGGGGGAUGCUGUGUUAUCCAUAAAUGGGAGCAGUCUAAGUGGGACCACCCAUGGGGAGGCUCUCUCCUGUCUACAUCAGACCAGGCUGCUCAAACAGGCUCUUGUGGUCAUCCAAAGAGGAAAAGACAGUGAACCUUUAUCACCAAGGCAUGAAGUUUCCUCACAGCUUGGAACUUGCACUUCCCCAGCCUAUCAGGAAAAUAGCAGAGAGAACGGGACAGUUGUGGAAGUUGGGCCUGAUGGAGCCUUAAGCGUAGAGCUACAGAAGACUGCAGCAGGUCUGGGAUUCAGCCUAGAGGGCGGCAAAGCGUCAGUCCAAGGAGAUCGACCACUCUACGUCAAGCGCAUUUUCAGAGGAGGUGCUGCUGAACUGUCCCGGGUCAUUGAUGUGGGAGAUGAGGUUCUAGCUAUUAAUGGCAGGUCCUUGCAAGGCCUAAUGCACUGUGAUGCCUGGAACGUCAUCAAGACAGUCUCAGAGGGCCCUGUUCAAUUAGUCAUUAGAAAACCCCGGACUUCAGUAUGACAUACAGCCAGUGGACAUAUUCUGUGUUAACGGAGUGCCAAACUGAUCAUAUUGUACAUAUAAGGACUGCCAUUUUCCCUCUUUUUAUACUUUUUUUUUUAAACAUGUCCCUGUGAUAUAUUUUUUGCUCAUUUUCUACUGAAGAAUCAGAUAUUUUGGAAUUGGGUGGUGUUUAUAAGACUAAAACAGGUUUUUUUCUUGUUUGGUCUUAAUUUUAAAGCCCAUAUUAUUGAAAGUCAACCCCAAAAAACAAAUGAUUCAUAACCUCCUAAUGCUUCCUUUGUGACUGUGCAAUCAGUGUAGCAUGUACUCAUUUGUACAGUGGACAUGAAAACCAUGAAUUUACAUAUUUAUAUGGUCACAUGGGAAUGAUGCAUCUUAAUUUGCUCCAUGCAAAUAUCCUCACGAUGGGUUUAUUUUGUAUUUUUUUAUUUUUAAGUAGAUUUAUUUCCAGAGAUCAGCGUAUCAAAUGAAGCUGAAGGUUGUUUGACUGCUUGCCUGAAUUGAAGCAUUCUCUUUCAGACUUUGUGAAAUUUUCUCCAACUUCUAAAUUUUUUUCUCAUCCCAUGUCUUCUCUGCUCCUUUUUAAAAUUUAUUUCCAUCCAAACCCCCAGUGGGAGGAAAGCCCACAGUUGCCAUUUGAUAGAUACUUGUUUUAUUCCAUCUAUUCUGCAGAAAUGCUGUAAUUUAAGAAGUGGGUCACACAAUCUAUAUUUGAAAUAUUCCACACUUCAAAUGGACCUGCUAUCUAUCACAGGAGGUAACUUCUGUGGUUAUAAAAGCACACGUCUCACAGAAAGCAUAUUCAGAAUUGCAGACCAAACUUCUAAUGACUUCUUUUGACUUAGUCCCGAACUCUUAAAGGACUACUUGAUUGCAUUCUUCCAGCUGUGAAUAUUUUUCAAUGGGAAAACUCUGAGACUUUCCAGUGAGUUAUUAUGUUGUAUCAACACUGCAUCAAUGCUGUAGUCAUAUUUUACUUGAAUUGUCUAUGUGUAAAUAUUGCAUUCCCCACAAACAAUACUUUAACUUAAUGUAUCUGGGCUUUCAAGCACAAGUUUGUUUAUAUUGAAUCAAAACAAAUCAAAUAAGCAGUUAUGAAUAUUAAUAUUUCUAUGUAUUGCACUCAAACCUGCAUUUCAUGUUAAUGCCCUUGUGUAAAAAGACAUUAAACAUUUUUCAAUGC